CUUUCUUUUUUUCUUAUAUAUAUUUCUUUAUAUUUGUAUUACAUAUAUUUACAUACUAUAUAUUACAAUGGCUCAAUCAUCCGGCCCUUUCGAUGAUCCUAGUAAUCCUUUUCAAGAUCCUUCUAUCACUUCAGCUUUGAAUUCACAACAGCAACAUCAUCUUGAAGAACAAGGCACUAUCGGUGGUUAUGAAAUGGACCAAAAGACAGCUGUAGAAGAUGACUUUUUAACGGAUACUUCUUUUCAUCAUGUACAAGGUGCACACGAUCCUUUUAGUGGUAACGGUAGUAGUAGUAGUAACAACAACCAACAUGAUUUACUACAAGAACGCGAGGAAACUUUACGGAAAAAAGAACAAGAAUUGGCUGAUCGUGAACGUGCUUUGGAAGAACGACAACGACGAGGAAUAGGACGUACAGGAGCCAAUAACUUCCCACCUUGUUUUCCUAUCAUGUAUUUGGACAUUUCAGUUGAAAUUCCUGACGAACAUCAAUGGACAGUAUGGUGGUUAUAUCGUGAAUGGUUAUUAUUUGAAAUUACUUUGGUAUUGAACUUUAUUGCUUGUUUGGUCGUCCUUUUCUCUCAUCCUCCUUCUGUUACAAGUGCUCCUACUAAUAUGGGCGUGGCUUUGACUGAAAUGUUUACUCAUACUGCUGCAAGUUUCUUUCUAUGGUAUCGACCUGUUUACAAUGCUUAUAUGAAGGAAGUCUCAUUAUAUUAUUUCUUUUAUUUUAUAUUCAAUGGUUUUCAUAUUGCUUAUACCUUUUACAUGGCUGUUGGGAUUCCAAAUACGGGUGGAGCUGGAUUGAUCUUAUUGGUGACACUCUUCAGUGAUCAAUACAUCGCAUCAGGUGUCUUCACUUUAUUAGCGACUAUCUGUUGGUUAGUGAUGGGUGUAAUGGCUGUAUAUCUAUACAAACGUACUUAUGAUCAUUACAAAGCUGCUGGGCACACUUUCAAAGAAGCAAAGCAAGAUGCUAUGGUUCAUAUUGGUAAAUCGGAUGUUGCACGUGGAGCUGCUGUUAGUAUGGCAAAACAAAGUGUACGUAGAUAAAUAGCAUUCAUAUUAGUGAAUAUUGAAUAUAGAUAGUUUUUAUUCAGUUUUGUUUUAUCAAUAAACUAUUUUGUUGUAUCAUUCUUCCCUUC